AUGGUGAUCAGGUGGUGGACUAAGGAUUUAAAUGUCUCGGCAAAAUUUCCUUUUGCACGGGAUAGGGUUGUGGAAGGUUGCUUUUGGGUUUUGGGGAUCUACUUUGAGCCGCAGUAUUCUCUUGCUAGAAGGAUAAUGAUGAAAAUAAUGGCCAUAUCAUCCAUCAUUGAUGACAUCUAUGACGCCUAUGGAACCAUUGACGAGCUAGAGCUUUUCACCAAAGUAAUAGAGAGGUGGGAUAUAUGUUGCCUGAAUGAUCUCCCAGAUUACAUGAGAUUAUGUUAUACGGCACUUUUGGAUAUUUUUGAAGAAAUAGAGCAAGAGAUGAGACAGAAAGGAAAAGCAUAUUGCAUCGAGUAUGCCAAGAAAGAAAUGAAAAGACUGAUCCAAGCUUACAUUACUGAGGCAAGAUGGUUUCAUUGCAACUACACACCAACAGUGGAGGAGUACAUGAAAGUCGGAACAUUAUCAUGUGGUUACGCUAUGCUGACAACCGUCUCUUUCAUCGGCAUGGAAGACUCAACAGAGGAGGCUUUCAGAUGGGCAACGAGUGACCCAAUAGUUAUCGUUGCUGCUUCAACUCUUUGUAGGCUCAUGGAUGACAUUGUUGGACACGAGUUUGAGCAGAAAAGAGGACACGUAGCCUCAAGCCUUGAAUGCUAUAUGAAACAACACAAUACCUCAAGGCAAGAGGCCAUUGAAGAACUACUUAAGGUAAUUGAGAGUGCUUGGAAGGAUAUUAAUGACGCAUGCCUUGAUCCUAUUCCAUUACCAUUGGCCUUGCGCGAAUGA